GGCUUGUUCAAUACGAACCACCGCACGACACACGGCUUUCGUCUUCCUCUUCGUUCCUUCCUUCCUUCCUAAGUCCUAACUCGUGAUCGUGUGAACUCUGUCUGAUUUUGCGUGAAAAAUGAGAAACCGCAGCGUUUACGCAUGGGUAGUAGCUGUUAUUUGCUUCAUAGUACUGAUGAUCCUAACCCCUUCCAUUCCUCAGUCCCAAGACUACCACAAUUUCGCCGACCACCGCAACUUCUUUGGCAUCCCUAACGCACUUAACGUGAUAUCCAAUUUCCCUUUUCUGGUUAUUGGCCUCAUUGGACUUGUACUUUGUCAUCACGGAAAUUAUUUUAACCUAAGCUUGCAAGGUGAAGUCUGGGGUUGGACAUGCUUCUAUGUUGGGGUGGCUGCAGUUGCUGUUGGAUCCUCAUACUAUCAUCUCAAACCAGAUGAUGCUCGCCUUGUCUGGGAUAGGUUGCCUAUGACGGUUGCUUUUACAUCAAUCAUCGCAAUAUUCAUCAUUGAGCGGGUUGAUGAGAGGAAAGGAAUGAUUUCAAUUCUACCUCUGGUUUUGGCCGGUAUAAUAAGCAUUGUGUAUUGGAGGUUCUUUGAUGAUCUCCGUCCUUAUGCUUUGAUCCAAUUUGUGCCUUGCAUUGCCAUUCCACUCAUGGCUAUUUUGUUGCCUCCAAUGUACACACAUUCGACGUAUUGGCUUUGGGCUGCAGGGUUUUAUCUUCUAGCUAAGGUGCUAGAGGCUACUGAUGAAGUGAUCUACAAGUGGACUCAUCAUAUUGUCAGUGGUCACACCCUUAAGCAUUUGUCUGCGGCAAUGGUUCCUGUCUUCUUAACAUUCAUGCUUGCAAAGAGGACUGUUGAUGCAGAGAGGCAAAGUUUGUAUAGAACAUGGAGGGUUUCCUGGACAAAGGUGAAAGAGGGAAACACUGAUGUUGAGAGCUACACUUACUCAAGUGUGCAGACUGUGGAGCCCCAGUAAUGUCUUUUUACCUUCCCUCCGAACAAAAAAGAAAGUCUUAUAAAUAUCGUUGUUUCACUUGAUCCAGGAAUAGGUAAAGCAAACCAUACCAAGUUUACUUUCAUACAAUAACAUUAACUGUAAUUAGCUCAGUUUGUAUAGUUCCUGACCUUAAUCACAUAAUGAAGAUAAUUUUAGAUCUGAAUGUUAAA